AUGAAGGCUAUUAAAAUUCCAAAUACUGCUUUACUUGAUGUUUUUGGACGACCAGUUGCUUUAAAUAGCCAUGAUUUUCAUCGUGUAUCUCAUGUAGAUCCAAUUGAGAAAAAUCAUAAUGGAUCAAAUGGAAAAGAUCCGAAUGCAAUUGGUAUUGGCAUAGCACCAAAUAAUACUAAUCAGUUAACUGUUAUUGGAGAAACACCUCUUCAUAUUGCGGUUUUUUACAAUGAUAUUAAUUCAGUUAAACUCUUGGUUAAACAUGGUGUUGAUGUUCAUCAACGUGUUAUUGGAGAUUUUUAUCCUUCACUACCAAAUCGAACUAAACAAGAAACAAAAUCCGGUAAACAAAAGCGAACUUCAAAAUUUUUUAAUCGAAAUGAUUCAGCAAAUAAACCAAUUAGUUUAAAAAAUGCAACCACUGAAACUCAUGCAUAUUAUGGUGAAUAUCCAUUAGCAUUUGCAGCUGCAUUUGGUUAUACAGAAAUCUAUGAUUAUUUAAUUGAUCAUGGUGCCGAUCCGAAUAUGCAAGAUUCAUAUGGUAAUACUGUUUUACAUAUGCUUGUCAUACGUGAUCGAUCAGAUAUGUUUAAUCAUGCUAUUCGACAUCCAGUUAAAAAAGCACUUACAGAUAUUCGUAAUAAUGAAGGUUUAACUACAUUAACAUUAGCUGCUAAAAUUGGUCGACGAGAACUUUUUCUUGAAUGUUUAGAAUUAUCUCAUGUGGAAAUUUGGCGUUAUUCAAAUAUAAAAUGUUGUACAUAUCCAUUACGUGGUAUCGAUACUAUAACAGAUAGUGGAGAUAUAGAUUGGAAUUCGUCUUUAACAUCUAUUGUAAAUGGUAAAACAGAAGAUCAUUUAGCUAUGCUUGAUAAUAUGGUCAUUGAACGUUUAUUAAAUGAUAAAUGGUCAUCAUUUGCUCGAGUCAAUUUUGUUCGACAAUUAAUUUUACUUUGUAUUCAUUUAUUUUUUUUAAGUACAGCAGUAUUUUUACGUAAUCCAAAAAAUACUCAGUCAUUAGUUAAAAAGAUAUUUUGUCAUAUAGCUGAAGUAUGUGUAUUAAUUGGAUGCAUUACGAGUUUAGUCAAACUAUUAGCAAAAGAAAUUUAUUUACAAGGAUAUAGUGCUUAUAUACAAAAUUUAAAAAGUUACCCAGAAAAACUAGUAUAUCAAUGUUCAUGUCUUCUGAUAAUUCUAGCUGUACCAUUUCGUAUACUUUAUUUAACUACAAAAAAUGUUAAAUUUGGUUAUGUUGAAGAUGGUCUUGUAUCACUUGCUGUACCUGGAACAUUUUUAUAUUUUCUUUUUUUUGGAAGAAUUUAUGCUUUAACUGGAGCAUUUAUUGUUAUGAUAUUUGAAAUGAUUACAGGAGAUAUUGCAACAUUUGGUGUUAUUUAUGUUAUUGUUAUAACAGCUUUUGGUCAAGGUAUGAAGAAAUUAUAUAGUUAUUGGCGCUUCAAAUUCUAUAUGUUGAGAUAUAAUCAGUCUUAUGAAAAAUA